AUGCGGGCGCUGGUGGUCUGUGUGUGCCUCUACCUCAACCAGGCAGCCAUGGCCAGCAUCGGGACACCGCCCAGACAGGGCCAUAGACUGGGCUGUCACCCUAAACUCCAGUUCCUCUGCAUCCGCGACUGUUCCACUUGGCACACUGCCCGCAUGCCAUCCACUCUGAAGAGCCAAGAGCCUACAAGUCGAUCGUGUUUUUCGCGGCUAAUAUUGCUCUGGUGUCUCAGGGUCCUGUCGAGGUCGAAGCCUUUAAUCCUGGACCCCGACCACGAGGUGUCUGAACGCGAGUUCUGCCACCAGCACAGGAGGGAUCCAAGCGUGCGGCGCUUUUGCGUCUCGGAGCCGGCCGUGAUACACACCAUCGUGCAGGGCAUGCGAAAUACUGUUAACACCUGCCAGCUGCUGUUCAAGUGGGAGCACUGGCAGUGCGACCUGCUCCAGGAUCGCAGGAACCUGCUCAGAAAAGUGUACCCCGAGACAGCCUUCGUGUACGCCCUGACGGCGGCCGGCGUGGCCCACAGCGUGGCCCAGGGUUGCCGGACAGGCCGGCUCAGCCACCGUUGCUCGUGCGGUGAGGCAGGCCGCGAAGAGCCGGCGGCCUCCACGGCUUUGCAGCAAGGCUGGAAGUGGGGCGGCUGCGGGGACAACUACCCGUUCGCGGCCAAAUUCGUACGGCGCCUCUUGGCGCGAGAGUCCGGGAAGAGGCCGCGUACGCUGAGGAGACCUGUCGACACGCACAACAUCAUCGUGGGAAUCAGGACGCUGAAGCGCGGCAUCCGGCCCGUCUGCAAGUGUCACGGCGUGUCCGGGUCGUGCUCUCUCAAGACCUGCUGGCGGGAGCUGGCGCCCUUUCCCGAGGUGGCGCGACGGCUGAAGCGCAAGUACGCCCACGCCGUACCGGCCGAGAUCGAGAACAAGCCCGAGUUCGCCGCCACGGACGUGGUGGCCAAGCCACGCAAGGCGCCGGCCGCCACGCUGGGCACAACGCAGAGACCCAAAUGGCUGGCCGCCGUCACUGCCAAGCUGCGAAGGCUGGGCAGGGACCGUCUCGUCUAUCUCGAGAAGUCGCCUUCUUUCUGCGAGCCGAACCCGCUCACUGGCAGCGGCAUGACAGGACGUCGCUGUCGGGACAGGGAUCACUGCAACAAGAUGUGCUGCGGUAACGGACACCGCAACUUCACCGAGGUCGUCUACGAGACGUGCCAGUGCCGCAUGGUGUGGUGCUGUAAGCUGGAGUGCAAGACUUGCGAGAACGUCACUACCGCUUACGCCUGCUUGUGACUGAGUUGCGCUUCAGUGUUG